AUGCAUCACAAAAUUGUUGCUCUAGAUGCAUGGCACGUCCCUAUCCCCCCGAAUCUACUUAACCUGCCACCCCCACACACCUACGAGUUGAUAAUCUGCGAGACACAACUUAUUUCAAACGAUGAUAUUCAGGAGGCUGUAAAAGAUGCCACUAUAAUUGCUCUUACACUUACACGCCUUGAUGCUUCAACUCUCUCGGCAACCAAAACUCCAAACCUUCGUUUGAUCGCGGCGUUGGCGUCCGGGACUGAUAGCAUUGACAAACAAGAGUGUAAAAGGAGGAGGAUCAUGGUUCUCAAUGCGCCGGAUGCGAAUGGCGAUAGCGUUGCAAAUCAUGUCCUGGCGAUGUACUUUGCUUGCCGCCGACGUCUUUUGUUGAUGCAAAAAGUCAUCUUAGGAACCGAUGAAUGGGUAAGACGGGGUACAAUCACCAACCGAUUAAACUCUAGGGACAAUAAUCUACCACUAUCAUGCAAAGAAGAAAUCGUCGGCAUUAUAGGCCAUGGUGCAAUAGGCCGGCGUGUUGCUCAGCUUUGCCGUGGUCUCGGGAUGACUGUUCUUAUUGCUUCUCGAAAAGGCGCAGUGCCGGGUGCUGUUACAACUGCUUCUACAAGAGAUACGAUGGGCACAGAAGCUGGUGAUAGUCAAACACCGUUUGUGGACGUUCUACGUCGAUCAACGGUGCUUGUUUUAUGUCUGCCCCGCAAUCCAGCGACGCUUAAUCUCAUAUCCCAUGAUGAGUUCCAAAUGAUGUCUCAAAAGACCAUCAUGAUCAAUGUCUCGCGUGGAGGUAUUGUCGAUGAACCAGCACUCAUUCAGGCUUUGAGAGGAGGCGUGAUCGAUGGGUGCGCAACAGAUGUUUUCAUGAAAGAGCCCUCUGGUGCUGGCGAUCACUGGAAGGAAGGCGAUAGCCCCAUUCUCAAGCUCAGUCAAGAUGAAGCGGAAGAAUUGAACUUACUAGUUACGCCCCAUGUGGCAUGGUAUGCAAGGGCAACGAUAGAUGGCUACUGA